AUGCGGACGCUGACACCAGUGGCCAUCCUCCCAGGCGCCGACAUACAAGGUCACAGCGGGGAAGAUGGAGGCAGAAAUAAGGACAAGCUCUCACCGCCCUUGCAAAUGCCAAAGAAUAAGAGCCUCUCCAACCUGGCCCUCGCAGUCCCAGACAACUCUGAAAAGGCUCGAGUACGCAUGUCCUUCGAUGCUGGCCCGGCUGCUUCCGAGUAUGACAUCCUCGCAAGUGGCGGGAGGGUCAGGUCCGUCAGCCUUGUCAACACCGUAUACUACCACGGCCAACCCCUGGCCUCAGGGCCAUCGUCGCCCGCCUUCAUCGACGACUUGGAACGCUUCCCCAGCGAGUCGCUCCACUCCUUUUCCUUCGCCCACCAGUCCGAGGAGUUCAUACACAACCGCCAAAAUGUACUGAGACGUUCUAUCGAGUUUAUGAAGGACCGGAUUGGCCGUUCCGCAACCUCCAACCCAGCUCUGGCAAGCGUGCAGGCACGGGUGACCGGGGACAUCGAAACACAAAAUAUGCUGGAGCUUUUGGCAAAGGCGCAGCUGAUGGGCGUUAGCGACCCAUCACACCCUCUUGGCCCUCUCACGGGGCCGGCAGAUUUGUCAGGCGAAAAUAUGUUUGAAAAGAACUUCAUACCCAGAACCGAAAGCCCAGAGCCUGUGGAGGACCUCUCAGUGUCUCCGGAUGAAACCGAACCUUCAGGUCUCCAUACCUGUGUUCAAGAGGACAAGGGGAAAAGCGCGACCCCAGACGUACGUCAGAUAUCUCGCAAAGAUUCACUGUCGCCAGCGCCGGGGGACGGAGACGCUUCUGAGAACUCGUCCCGAACACCGACAAACGAGAGCGGAACGACUCAGAAGACUUCGCCCCCAGAGUCGAGGAGGCCAAGCGUAUUAAAACGGACUUUCACUGACACCAUUCACGCUUCGAUGCAGCAAAAGCUUAUGGAUGCCAUGGCCCAACCGUAUGUCGCCGGACAGUCAGGUAAUCCUGAGAGCGUCCUUUCGCCGAAGUCGUCUCAAUCUUUCGGCCCUUCACUGCACACGCCGAGCACGAGGGGCUCGUCGGUACAUGGCCACUCCAGCAGAUGGGUACCGGCUGCCCAAGCGAUUUUCACCACCGAAGCUAAGCCCCCAUGGACGAUACUCGCUGCAAACGACCUGGCUUGCUUGGUCUACGGGUUCCGAAAGUCGGAUUUUAAAUCCACUAGCAUACUGGAGAUCGUGCAAAAGGAGCGCAGGGGUUGGCUUGAGAACAAAUUGAAACAUGGGGAUUUCGAGAGCGAGGCUGGAGCGGAGUCGGAAACUGAGGUCACACAGCCGCCGGCGAAGGCGAAGGUGUCGUCCAACCUGCUAGGAGCGCGAGGUGGUGGCAUCACAGCUAGGUUGCUGAGCAAGCCAAGCUCGAGAGCACAGACCCCGAGAAUGAGUCCAGUGAAAAGACCAGAAACCUUUCACAGUGGCGAUUGGCGACCACCUAGAGUGAGUGGCGGGGGCCACUCCAACCACAAGAGCAACAAAUCUAGAGGCGUGCUUCUCUGUGGGGAUGUCGUACCUAUCCAGAAACGGAACGGGGCCACGGGGUCGGCUAGCCUCUGGGUCAAGGAGAAGAGGAUGGGGCUGAUAUGGGUGCUCGAAGAGAUACACGAAGAUGUCGCCUACGUCACACUCGAUGAGGAUGGUGUCGUUACAAAGCUCACAGGAGAACUGCUAUCCAUCUGGGGCGAUGACAGCUUGAAGCCGGGCCUGGAUGUCGGCAAGCUGGUCCCUCGAAUCCCGCGUCAAGGAAUCGACCCAAGAUAUGGUGCAAUCGACUAUGCGCAAAUCGCAAAACGAAAGUUUUAUACCUGUCGCAACAGUGAUAGGAUAAAUAUUCCGGCAACGAUUAAUCAGGUGCAAGGAAGGACGGAGUUGCGCAUUUCGAGCUUCCCCCACAUCGCAGGCAUCAUCGUCGUGGACCCAGCGUCUUUGACUGUCAAGAGCUCCAACUCAGUAUUCUGCGGCGCACUUUUCGGCCACGAACAGCCAAACGGCAUGGACAUCAAGUCUCUCCUGCCGGGUUUUGAUAAGGUGCUGCGAAUUUUGACCGAGCAAGACGGUCUUCUCUUAGUCGACGGGAUUGUUGUUCCUGAGCACAGUUUCCGAAAGGCUUAUGCGUUUCUGGGGCUGCGGGAAGGUCGGCCGGACGCUACCAACAGCUUCCUGCGGCCGGAAGGUCUCCCCGCCAAGCACCGCGACGGGACGGAGCUCAAGGUCGAUGUUCAGAUGAGGGUUGUCAAGAGCGAGAAACAAACCAUGCUGCACGAAGAGACUCUGGCAGAAGCAAGCGACGGGGAGUCCGCCGUCACAGAGGACGAGUUUCCAGUCACGCAGACAGAGAUGGUAUUCGCCUUGUGGAUCACUUACUCUAGGCACAUCCACGCCACCAGGUCAAACCUGGGCGCUGCGUCUCCUCUGCUUUCGGGGACGGCGACUCCCCUCCGACAGCCCAGUCCGGGCCAGACUCCUGCCCCGACGCCUGCAGAGCUGCACCUCUCGGACUCUGAUGAGCCCAAGAAGGAGCCCAAACCAGCAUCGAACUUCACUCGGUCGAUCAAGGAUGCUGCAUUGAGCGCUGCCGCAAAGAUUACCGGCGCAAAAGCACCUGAAAAGGCUCAGGAUGAGGACAAGCAAGAGAACCCACCCGCACCCAAGGCCGCCGAGUCAUCGCAUAAGAAGUCCAUUGAAGAUUUUGCUAUCCUCGAAGAGAUGGGCCAGGGCGCAUAUGGCCAGGUCAAACUAGCCAGGUACAAAGACAGCGGAAAGAAGGUGGUUCUCAAGUACGUCACAAAGAAGCGGAUCCUCGUCGACACGUGGACUCGGGAUCGAAAGCUGGGCACCGUCCCCCUGGAAAUACACGUUUUGAAUUACCUGCGGAGAGAGGGCCUUCGGCAUCCCAACAUUGUUGAGAUGGAGGACUUCUUCGAAGAUGAAGUCAACUACUACAUUGAAAUGGGGCCUCACGGGCUGCCCGGCAUGGACUUGUUCGACUACAUCGAGCUUCGGACAAACAUGGAGGAAGAUGAGUGCCGUAGCAUCUUCGUCCAAGUCGCACGGGCGGUCCACCACCUGCACGUCAAGGCGAAAGUUGUUCACCGUGAUAUCAAGGACGAGAACGUAGUGCUGGACGGAGAAGGGCACAUCAAGCUCAUUGACUUUGGCAGUGCGGCGUACAUUAAGAGUGGUCCCUUUGACGUGUUCGUGGGCACUAUAGACUACGCCGCACCGGAAGUCCUUGCCGGCAAACCUUAUAAUGGCAAAGAGCAGGACGUAUGGGCUCUGGGCAUCUUGCUCUACACCAUCAUCUACAAGGAAAACCCGUUCUACAGUAUCGAUGAGAUCAUGGAUCGCGAUCUACGUGUGCCGUACACAAUCAGCGACGAGAGUAUCGACCUCAUUCGCUGCAUGUUGGAUCGCGACGUCGAGCAGAGAUACGAUAUCAACCAGGUUCUGGAGCACCCAUGGUGCCAGGUAGGGGACGACUGA